AAUGAGCAUUUGCUUAUUUGUACUUUUGUCUAAUUUCCUUUUCCAAAGGAUCUGAUAUUGAGCUACAUUAGUAAUACAUAUUGAAUGGACAAUAAGACCAGGAUAUAUAUAUGUAUUAACAAUGUCCGUGAUAUUUGAUUUUCUGAAGAAGAUCUUUGGAUGGGUAGAUGAAGGUUCUAAGAAACGGAAAGCUUCUGAGGACUUUAACUUUGAAGAAGAAUAUAUAACACCCAAGAAAUUUAAAUCCAAUUGUAAUAUAGCACAUACAAUGGAACAAUAUUUUACCAUUGAUGACAGUGAUGACGAUGAUAUCGUAUAUAUGGGUGAGCAGAAAUGUUCGUCGAUAAAACCGUGUGCACAGAUGAACGGUACUCAUAAGAAGCAACUGCAAUCCUACGAAUAUUACAAAACUCCCACUUGUAAGUCUACUUGUUUUAUGAUGCAUCACAAUCACAAACCAAUGGAGCACUUUUUCCAUCACAAACAUAGAAUGCCGGACGUCUAUCACAAGUCUCCCACAUUAUCCAAAACUAAUCAAUUAAAAGAGAAAUAUCAAUAUGAAGAAAUGCUUCAAAAUCUGUUUCCAAAUAGGAUACAAAUAUUUAUGGAUAAACCUGCACGUAAACCCAUAGAAGUGAUCGAUCUAGAAAAGCAACCGGAAAUUAUGGUAUCCAACAAGAUGCAAUCAUCUACCACUAAUUUGUCUAAGGUGCCAAUGUCAUACCAUCAUAGAGUCUGUAUGUCAAACUAUUCGAGGACAGAUAAAGAAAAAGUUCCUACUUUAAAUUACGCCAAGAAAGGUAUUACAACAUAUCAGCAAUCCAACAAAGUAAUUACAAUUGAUAGACCCAGUACCAGUGGAUUAAUGAAACCUACACCAAAGUUACCCAUUGAAGUUGUUGCGACUAAUUCAUUACGUGACGAGCUUGCUGCGAAACCCAUCAUGAGACAAGACUUUAUUCCACAAGUUACUAAGAGAUACAACGAACGGAUUGAACAACGGCAUAGAGAGGCUGAAGAAUUAAAGAAGAUGACCUGCGUCUUGUCAAAGCACAAUAGAUACGCACGAGAAGCAGCUUUGGAAGAACAACUGGCACGUUCUAUGAAAUUAUACUUGGCUGUUCUAGAUGAUAGAGAGGAGGAAGAACUAGUGUUGCCGACGUUGACCAAUGAAAUGUUGAAAGAAGUGAAGAAUGCCAUCAUACCAUAUCCUCCAGGCGAAGUUCUUGCGGAAGGCUUUGGUUUAAGAAUCACGCGGAAGGACCUUUGCACGUUAGCCGACUUAAAUUGGCUAAACGAUGAAGUAAUAAAUUUCUACAUGAAUCUACUGAUUGCCAGAGGCACGUCUUCUGCCAAGUAUCCAAAAGUACAUGCAAUGAACACAUUUUUUUAUCCAAAACUUCUUUCGGGUGGUCACUCAUCUCUGAAACGAUGGACCAGAAAAGUAGACAUAUUCGCACAGGAUCUUGUAGUUGUGCCUAUACAUCUGGACAUUCACUGGUGUAUGUCGAUAAUAGAUUUCAGGAAUAAAUCGAUUGCUUAUUAUGACAGUAUGGGCAGCAAUAACCCAAAAUGUCUAGCAUCACUAAAACAGUAUUUACAGGAUGAGAGUCUAGACAAAAAGAAACAAUCUUAUGAUAUGAACGAAUGGAAAUUUCAUUCAGCCAAGAACAUUCCACAACAGAUGAACGGCAGCGAUUGUGGCGUAUUCUCUUGUAUGUUUGCCGAAUUUGUCUGUGCAAAUAGGAAGAUAACGUUCACUCAAGAUGAUAUGCCGUAUUUUAGGAACAAAAUGGUUUAUGAGAUAUUGAAGAGUAAACUUUUGUAAGAAGAAGCAUCAAUUACUGCUUUGACGAACUGAAAAAUGGCCAAUAUUAGCGAGAAGCUUCAAACUAAUGAUAAAGCUAUAUUGUAAUAAAACUCAAAUUUAGCAAGCAAUUUAAUGCAUUGGAGAUUUGUUUGGAAAUAAUACAAAAAAAUAUCACCUAUUAUUAUUCUUGAAAGAAAAAGAAUAGAAAAAGAGAAACUUUCCUGAUGUCCUUUCUAUACUCAACUGUGUUUUAUCAUUAAGGCUGUGGUCCACUUUCUUCUUCCAAAUACUCUCAAUGCUAUGCUCCAAAUUCUAUGCUUGGAUUGGUUCAUUACUAUUCCCAAUGCUACAAUUGCUACAUGAACACUCCAGUUAACCCACCUCCCGAGAUGAGACAGCGAAAAUGAUGACGUAUUGAUGACGUAAUCAGACUUGCUGGAAGCGUUCCGAAGCAUCAAACUAGGCAUAUCAGUGCUAUAAAUGCUCUGUAACGUUUAAAGCGCUAAGUGGACCGAAGCCUAAAAAUGCAAAAUCUCUCGAUUUAAUUUCUUAAAAGCAUAUUUCUGUUUUAAGACUCAAUG